GACGCUCAGCCAAGGGAUUGGUCGACAUUCAGUGCGUACUGGUAGACCAUCUGGACUGGUUUGACAAGUCAACGCACCUUUUGGCUCCAACACGGACAAGAGUUUAACUAAUGUGUUCUGGUAGCUCGAGAGUGGACACUCUGCUUUCACAUCACAUCCCUAUCAAAAUGAAUUCCAGAAACAGAAAGAAUCUCGUAGUACUUUUGUUGUUGUUAGUGUGCACUUGCAGGAUCGAUGCCUUUUUUAGUAUUUUCAAAGAUUGGUAUGACAAAUUAACACCAUCCAACGAAGAAUGUAAUGAGGAUGGGAUUUCCUUUGACGGUAGAGGAGUGGGGAAAGGUUUGAAGGCUGACCUGAAAAGCAGACUCUUUGGUCAACAUAUAGCUGCAGAGGUCAUCAUGAAAGCUGUGGAUGGAUUAAUGAACAAUGACAACCCCAAGAAGCCUAUGGUCCUCUCUUUCCAUGGGAGACCUGGGACAGGGAAGAAUUUGGCCUGUGAGCUGAUUGUAAAAAACAUCUACAAGGAGGGAAUGGACAGCCGCUUUGUCCAUUACUUUAACGCUGCAAUACAUUUCCCACACAUCAAUGAAGUUGAGACCUAUAAGUUUCAGUUACAGCAUUGGAUCAGAGGAAAUGUUACUAACUGUGCCCGUUCCAUGUUCAUCUUUGAUGAGAUGGACAAGAUGCAUGCUGGCGUAAUUGAUGGCAUAAAUCCAUUUAUGGACUACCAAUACAAGCUGGAUGGCGUGUCAUAUCAGAAAGCCAUCUUCAUCUUCCUCAGUAACAAUGGGAGUACAUUCAUCACACAGACCACUUUGGAUUCCUUGAAAGCAGGAAAAAAGAGAGAGAAACUCAAGCUGAAGGAUAUGGAGACUGCCCUUUCCCUUUCUUGCCCUUUGUUCAUAUAUCGUGGAGUGAGUAACGUGGUGGACUUCUUCAUCCCAUUCCUGCCCUUGGAACGCCGGCACAUUGUCCAGUGUAUUAUGGUUGAGAUGAAAGCCAUGGGCCACGAACCAGAACAUGAGAAGGCCUGUGAAUUGGCAGACGAAAUCCUAAACUAUUUUCCUAAGGAUGAGAAAUUCUUCUCUGUCUCGGGUUGCAAGAGGCUUGCCAGCCGACUGAGAUUCUUCAUGUAAUCAAACAAGUGGUGGCGUCAGAUGUUGUGUUACACUGAUUGGCUGAAGGACUGGUAUGUCAAUGGAAUAACUCCUGCCCACUGAAAACGAAAUUAACGGCUAGAUGUCCGUGUAGUGAAACAUAAUGUGAGGUAGCGUCAUCAGGAUGAUCUCCAGGCCAUAGUUAUCAUCCUAUUUUGUCAACACUAAGCUAACUAAUCAAAAAACAUUGGAGAAUAUGAAAAGAUUUGGGUUGGCUCUUUCCAACAUGCCUUCAUGUCUGAAAUCAGGAGAAUUUAUGUACAUUAUGUGAAAACAGUGAUGGUAUCCUAUUGCCAUUGAACAAGAAGAUCAAUUAUUUAAGGGAAAGUAUGUUUCAAUCAGCAACAAAUUGUACAGUUUAAGCUUGCAUAAUCUUUUAGUUUUCCACACAGAUUAAAAAAUAUUUGAUAUUUGCAAUAUAUUGAGUUGAAUACAUUGGUUUGGAACAUCAUUUUUAAACAAUAUAAUGUAGGCAAAUCAGAUGUUUCCAACUGAAACUUUUAGGUUAUAAACAACAAAAAUAAAAGGAAAUUGUCAUGUAUGUUGAUUGUAGU